CCUGAUAUGUUACACCACAUUAUCGAUUUUUAUCUUAUCAUAAUAAAAACAAUAAUGCAUUUCAUAACAACAUAUCUCAUGAGCAUGUAUACAAUUUUUUCUUAACGAUUGUCUUUAUUAUAUUUGCAGAUGAGGAGGAGGAUGAGGAGGCUCUUUGACCUGGAGGGUGAUCGCUCACGGAGUAUCACCCCAGGUAGUGGUGCUGAUGAUCCACUACCAUCUCCGGAUGCAGAUGCUGGAUAUUCAUCACCCGGCCCCUCUGAUGCAGCACCAGAACCAUCCCCCGACGCAGCACCAGAACCAUCCCCCGACGCAGGUGCUACUUGGACCCCGACAUAUCCAUCAUAUACAUUCCAUACUGACUUGCGGCCAAAGACCCAGGACUUUCUCAGUUUACCUUUACCUCCGGACUCUCAUAAGUCCAAGGCUGAUUCAAGGAAGUACCACCCACGUGCUGCGAGAAGGUAUCAGGAAAUGCUUCCUAUGUUGGAGACUAGGAAAGCUGUUGCACUCGCAGCAAAAGAAAGAGAGAUAGCGAAUGGUGCUAAGAAGGAUCGCAUAGAGGGACGACGUGGCGGAGGUAAGCCUGAUUCUAAACAACCGCCAAGAGGAAUGAGGGGCAUUAUUAGGUGGAAUAGUUCUAAUUUGCCCGUUGGUCCUUGGUCAACCCGAUUGAAUGCAUAUAUUGGGGUUCUCGUGCGUAGAGCGACCAUUGUCAACCCUUAUUUUCAUUUUCGAGAAUUACUAUGGACCGCAUACGAGGCGAUAUGGACUACGCUUAUGGUAAGUACAUAUUGUUUUAGAUUUUCAUUUAUUAAUAAUUAG